CCCAGAACGCUCAACGUGCUGUGAAUAGUCCUCGCACAAAAUCUUCAAGACAAGCGAGUGAAGCUGUACAUGGCGCUUGCAGAUGCACCGUUGCCCUUCGUCGUCUUGAACUAUCUCUUAGCCUGCCGUAGUCCGCCUUCCUAUUCCGUCUGGCCUUCUUCAUAUCGCGGACGCAGCACAAGGCCAUGGUCUGUCGUCGUUCAAAUCAUAUUAUCUCACAAUGCUCCGAACUGUCACAGUGCAUCGUCAGACGUCUGCUCACGGGUCGGCUUUUGAGCUAGUUGUGGGGUAAUUGCGCGAGGCUCCGCAUUUAUCUACUCUGCUACCUAGCACCGUCCGUCUGUUCACGCUUCGCAACACUAACACCAUAUCCAAUCGAAAAUGGAGGAACCUAGCAUCGGAUGGGUAGGCUUGGGUAACGCAGGCUACCCUAUGGCCGCUUGUCUUGCGAAGAAGGGUCACAGGCUGCUUGUUCGGGAUGCAGACCCAACUCGAGGCAUCGAGUUCGUCGAGAAGUAUGCGACGUCGAGAAUCGCCACCUCAGACCCAGACAGCUUCCAGAACUGCGACGUCGUCAUCACGAUGCUGCCGAACGGAACAGUCGUCAACGACGUGCUGUUGGGUGCGAAUGGCAUCGCUCCACAUCUGAAGCCAGGAUCGGUUGUCGUUGACACCAGCUCCUCUUCACCGUUCGAUACGAGAGCUUUAGGUCUUGAACUGAGCCGUCUGCGGGUCGAUCUGGUAGACUCGCCCAUCACUCAGGAGCAACUGCAUGCCAUUGACCAAGGGGGCGCCACGCUCAUGGUCGGUGCCGACUCUGCUGAGGCGCUCGAGAGAGUCAUGCCCAUAUUGAAGGAUAUGAGUACGCACGUAUUCCCUAUGGGCGGUUUGGGUGCAGGCCACACCAUGAAGACGCUCAACAACUACGUCAGCAUUGGGAGUAUCAUCGCGCUGAACGAUGCUUUGGUCACUGGUCAAAAACUCGGUCUCGACCCACAGACAAUGAUUGACGUCAUGAACGUUGGUACUGGCGUCAACUUCUCGACAAAGUACUCUCACAAGAAUCUGAAGUCGUAUGACACCGGCUACCAACUAGAGCUUUUGGUCAAGGACGUCAAGAUUGCAAAAGAUGUGAUCGCGAAGUCAGGCUUUCGGACAGAACUGCCUGCGCUGGCCGAGAGGUAUCUUGAGGACUCGUUAAAGGUGGUGGAGAAAGGAGCGGAUCAUGCCGAAAGCUUGAAAAGCUGGGAGCAAAGAGCUGGUGUGGAGAUCAAGAAGACUGAAAGAAGGGAGGGUUCACCUUGAGCUAAGUGCAGGCUUUCCAUAGAGCAUAUUCCAUAUUCUCGAAGCAAUCUCAAAAUGUCCGCUUGUGUAG